AUGCGAACAAUUUACUCGCACUCUGGUCAGCAGGGUUGGAGAGCUGGAGUGACACUUUGUGACUUUGGAUUCGCCAAGAAGGUGGGUGCUGGAAAGAAGACCUGGACCUUUUGUGGCACUCCAGAGUACGUGGCACCGGAGAUCAUACUCAACAAGGGUCAUGACCAUUCCUCCGACUACUGGUCGUUGGGGAUUCUCAUCUUCGAGCUUCUAACCGGCAGGCAAGAUACCCAGAUCGUUGCUAUAUUCGUGUUUUCCGUCACCCACCUCUCACCUCUCACCUCCCACUCCCUACCAGGCUUGCUCGGUAAUGCUCACGACUCGCCCAAUUUUGGCACU